CAUAACAGUUUGACAUGUCUGCUUUAAAAUAAUUAAAUUGAUAGAAUAAAAAAAUUCUGUAAAUACACAAAAGUUAUUUUUGUAAGUAACAACUUUAUGGAGUUGAAUUUUUAAGACAAAUAUUUUUCUCUAAGGUCGACAAGGUUGUGAAACAUACAAUGUCUAUUCCAAUGGAGUACAGUAAGAUUGGUACACGAGGCAUGGUAGUGACUCCCCAUCAUCUUGCCAGUUUAUGUGCCAUUAACAUCCUGAAUCAAGGAGGGACGGCGGUGGAAGCAACUGUUGCUGCAGCCGCUACACUUGCUGUAGUAAAUCCUUCCAUGAAUAGUAUUGGGGGAGAUGGUUUCUGGCUUAUAGUUCCACCACAGGGCGAACCUGUAGUAAUUGAAGCUUGUGGUGCUAGUGGAAGCUUAGCAACUGAUGAUUUCUAUAAAGGAUACAAUAAAAUUCCAAAGAGAGGGCCGAAAUCAGCAAGCACAGUAGCAGGCACAAUAAGUGGCUGGCAAGAUGCGCUUAAUUAUGUAUCUGAGUGCGGCUAUUCAAGAUUGUCUAUUCAUAAAUUACUAGAAGAUGCAAUUUAUUAUGCAGAAAAUGGAUAUUCAGUGUCUGCGUUAGAUGAAGCGGAUUUAACAGAAUAUGUCGAGAAUGAAAUCAUAUCAGAGGACUUCAAAAAAUAUUUCAUGCCAAAUGGUACAGUGCCUGUAGUUGGGGAGAUCUUUACACAGAAAGAACUAGCACAAACUUUAAAAUGUCUGGCGCAGAAUGGUCUGAAUAGUUUUUACACUGGAAAUAUUGCGAAACUUAUUGAAGAAGAUAUGAAGAUCAUUGGAAUGCCAAUUACGAGAGAAGAUUUAGCAAAUCAUAGUGCCAUAAGAAAAAGACCAUUGCGGUUGUCUCAUGAGUAUGGACAGUUAUUCAACACACCUCCACCUACCCAAGGUGCUGUAUCUUUGAGCAUACUUGGUAUACUGGAUGAAUUAAAAGUUCAGGGGCAACAUGAAGGGUUAUUUAUUCAUACUGUAAUUGAAGCUACAAAACAAGCAUUUAUCCUGCGAGAAAACAUUACUGAUCCUCAGCAUAUGAAAGUGAAUUCUGAAGAGUUAAUAAAACCAGAUAACAUUAAGAAAAUGGCAAGUAAAAUAAAUUUUAAUAAAGCGUCAAAACCGGGAAAUUGUAAGGGACCAGGUGAUACAGUUUGGCUAGGAGUGAUGGAUAAUAAAGGAUUUUCCGUGUCAUUUAUUCAAAGUAUAUACCACACAUAUGGGAGUGGAGUUGUUCUGCCUCAAACUGGAAUUUUGUGGCACAACAGAGGAGUUGCAUUUAGUUUGGAGAAAACCGAUGUUGGAUUUAUUAAACCGGGUAAGAAACCGUUACAUACUUUGAACCCAGCUGCUGCUAUCCUGAAAGAUGGCAGAAUCAUGAUUUAUGGAACAAGAGGUGGGGAUGGACAACCACAAACACAAGCAGCUGUCUUUCAUCGAUAUGUUGUUCAAGGUCUUAAUUUACAAAAGGCUGUGUCAGCUCCAAGAUGGCUCUAUGGUGAUACUCUUGAUAAAGAUUUAGUAGAUGUGGUGAGAUUAGAAGAUAGGUUUAGUGAAGAAACAGUUAAUGAUUUAAGAGAAAGGGGUCAUGUUUUGGAAUUGAUGCCAGCAUUUUCCGCAAAAUUUGGCAUGGCUGGAGCAUUAGUGAGACAUGAUGAUGGUAGAUUGGAAGGUGCAUUUGAUCCUAGAAGCAAUGGUAGUGCAAUUGGAUUUUAAUCCAUAUAAAAAAAUACAUACAUUCUUUGUUCGAAUUUUCGAUUUUUCUCAAAUCAGUCAAUCUAAGUCAAAAAGAACUACUUCAUUUUAUUCAAAUAACAUAUCAUAAUGAAAAUAUUUUUAAGACUGAUUCAAAGACUGUACUAAUAGAUAAAUAGUUUAUUUUACGAUCUGAAAUUAACUUAAAUUUUAUUAAAGUGAUUAUAAUUAUCUCUACUAUCUAAUUUAGGUAUAAUAUUCUUUGACAUGUCUUAUCUCCUUCUUUCUCUCUCUCUCUAGAGUAAUCUAGAGUGUUAACAAGAGAGAGAAGAUAAGACAUGCUUUGGUCAAUGUUCAUGAUUAUGGAUUAGAUUCUUAUAAUGUACCAAACCAAAUGAAAUCGAAAUUUUUAUUCAUUAUUAUAUACUAUAUACUUCUAUUUUUAAAAAUGAAAGAUGAGCUCAAAUAUGUCUAAAAUUUAAAAAUUAAUAGUUUAAAAAGAAUUUAAAAUUAGACAAUCUUUUUGAAAUAUUUCCACCGGCUCUUGAACCGAGAACCUACAAGUAUAAUUCACAUUUAUUGGUAAGAUAAGAGCAUAAAGACUCUUCUUCCUGUAAAUCAAACGAUUUUAAAUUCGAAUCGAAUAUUUUUGCGAUUAAUUGUUACCUACCGUCUUUUUAGUAAAUAAAUGAGCAUUUAGUAGUUUUAGUGUGAUUUUUAUAUCUUUGUUAGCUUUUUUAAUUUUAUAUGUAAGUAGUACUUUAUUU